AGCGAGCGGGAGGUAGCGGCCGUGAACGAGUGGAUGGCGUCAGGUAAAGCGGUGCAUCUCAUGAGGGAUCACCCGAGUCACAAUGCACCCAUCUUGGGGGGCAUGUUCGGGGUGUACCAGCCCCCCGACAUGCUUCAUGUCUUCGAGGACAUCCUUCAUGACCUUUUCAUCUUGCCUUCAAAAAUUGAUCAGACUAAUUUAGCGAGAGUGAUGACGAGAAGCUUCCUAGACGAGCAUGCGCUGCAGCACAGCAGCUUCCACUGCACGCUGGCCGGACGGAGCCUGCCUUUCCCGACUCAGAGACAACAUGGCUUCUUUGUGGGCAACCCUUGGUAUCGACCAGAAUAUUGUUGCGCCCCAAUGACAGAGGAGUGCCCACUGCGAUGUCGACCAGCUGCUCAUCCUGACUGGAUAUAUUGUUAGGUAAUGGCACAUCACGGGUAUAUGCCUGUAUAGAAUAUACCUGUAUAGAAUAUACCUGUAUAGGUAUAUCUUUUCUAUCAAACAUUCGCAAACAAUAAGGUCUCAAAUCUGCGCUGAAUUACCGUGAAAUAUGAUUGAAAACUCUUUAUUUACCGUUGUAGACGAAUUCGCAUUGAGAGCGUCUUGUCGCAUUAUAUGACAUCAAUCCUCAUUGAAAAUAAUUUAACAUGAAAUAUUUUAAACCCGCAACUUUACUCGUUAUUAUUAUAUUAUAUUAUCGUUAUUAUAUGAGCGCUAUCUGCUCCCUCAUCAUUGAUUGAGCUCAAGGAAUCUUAAAUAAAAUGCGGGGUGCUGCUGUAGCGCACAGAAAUUCAGUGGAGCUGGAAGUGAUCCUCUGAUGUGUGAUGGUAAAAAAUAGAUCAUUUAAUGAUUUUAAUCUUUCACAAAUGUGAUGAAUUUUUGGAAAUGAAUGUUCCUAAGCGUGUUCUGUUUGAAAUAGUCGCCACUAAAGGCUUGCCUGUAAGUAACUAUUGUCGCUAUCGAAGGUCUUGUAUUAGAGGAAAAUAAUCUGAUCCUACCGUAUAUGAGGCUGUAAAAAUCGUUUACUAUAUUCAUCAAUUAGCUGGCGUCACAUUAUUAUGUCACUUGUUAAUCUAAUUUUUUCACCAAUUAUUGCAGGUAAUAUAUUAAUAGUUAUAUUCAUUUCAUUACCCAAUUCAAAUUUCAUGAAUUCUUACGGAAAUGGCAAAUCUCUAGCAAUCACAACUCCAAAUAUCAUGACUACUGUUGGAAAUUCUAAAAUUAAAGUUUUAAACGCCAAAGUAUAUACAUAUAAAUUCGAAGCAUGUUGCGCAAGAAUUCAUAUUCAGUGUGCAUGGCAUGAAGUGUAGAACAAAUAUGAAAGCCACGGUCUAAUAGUGUUUGAAUCAAGUUCAACUUGGAUCGACAAUAAUAUAAGCUAAAAAAUCGGGUGUUUAAGCUUUUGAAAGUCAAUUUUCUCAAAAUAAAAGUCUGAAAACAGCCAUUAGAUUUAGUAAUAUGGCAGUCGAGAAAAGACCAACUAUUGUUAAACCCAGUUCCAUGGUAAAUUUAAUAGAAUUAAGUUGCAAGCUUGAGUAUUCGAUGAAAAGUUUGACAUGAGAAGGGAUGCUUGAAAAUAAGGAAGGUUUCAUCGACGUAUCUGAAUAUAUUGUAAAAUGAACGAAUAUUCACACGCAUGCGUAUGAAGCCACAUUACAGAGUCUUAUUUUGACGGUGAUGCUCGUACCGAAAAGUUUUAUUUUACUCUUGACAUUACAAUCAAUUCCCUUCAAUACUCAAAUGUACGUACGGCAAUUCCUCUAUUUACAAUCUGACAGAGGUGGGCAGUAGCGCGCUACUUGUAGCGGUCGCUAUAGCGGCCUGUUACUAGUGUCAACAUGUCAGUUGUUACCAGAGGUAGGCAAUA